GAGAGUCACUCCACUGGAAACAAACUCUCUCUCUCUCUCUCUCUCGCCGACCAGUCGCGCGCACGCUCUCACUGUCUUUCAUUUUGGUCUCUUACGUCCCCAAAUACAUGAUAUAUAUAUUUGGCCCAGAUCAACAGGCUUAGCCAGCGAUCCCGAAGUCCCCAAACCCUAGAUCCCCUCCAUUGCUAUGGGUCCACGAAAAGCUGGAGAGCGCGAAAUGCUGGAGUCGGUGUACUCGAUGAUCGCGCUCGUCUUCGUGCUAGUGGCGUGCGUCGAGCUCUGCGACGCCGCCACCGUCGUCGACGUCUACCGGCUCAUCCAAUACGACAUCUCCGGCGUCCCCUUCGGAUCUCGCCUCGCCGCCCUCAACCACCACGCUGGCUCCCUCCACUUCGCUCCUGGCGCCGAUCUCUCCCGUACCGUGCUCAUCAUCCCCGUCCGUGACCUCGACAUCUCCUUCGUCAAAGAAUAUAUCACACAAAGACAGCCUCUGGGGGGCCUAUUGUUUUUGCUUCCCCAGAUGUUUAGCUUUGAAAAUAGAGAUGACACAAAGAGUAGUCAUGUAAAUCAAGGAGAGCUUUUGAAGACUGUGGUAGCAGAACUUGAACAGAUACUUAUACAUGCCAAAAUUCCUUAUCCUGUGUAUUUUGCUUUUGAGGAUGAUGAUAUUGAUGCUGUUUUGGCUGAUGUCAAGAGGAAUGAUGCCAUUGGUCAGCCUGCUACUGCUACUACUGGCGGAUUCAAGCUUGUCGUCUCAGCAUCAGAGCCUAAGAAACUUGCUUCUCCCACCAUCACAAACAUUCAGGGAUGGUUGCCAGGACUGAAAACAGAUGGCGAUGCAAGUCAACUUCCAACCAUUGCUAUAGUAGCAUCAUAUGAUACAUUUGGGGCGGCUCCUGCAUUGUCAGUGGGAAGCGAUAGCAAUGGAAGUGGCAUUGUGGCACUUCUUGAAAUAGCUAGGCUAUUCUCUAUUCUUUAUUCAAAUCCUAAGACAAGAGGAAGAUAUAAUUUACUUUUUGGGCUAACCUCUGGAGGACCUUACAACUACAAUGGAACUCAAAAGUGGCUUCGGAGCUUUGAUCAACGUUUGCGUGAGGGUAUUGACUAUGCUAUUUGCUUAAAUAGCAUUGGUUCAUGGGAUAAUGAAUUAUGGAUUCAUGUGUCUAAACCUCCAGAAAACGCCUACAUAAAGCAAAUAUUUGAAGGUUUCUCUAAUGUAGCAGAAGAGUUGGGCUUUGAAGUUGGUUUGAAGCACAAGAAGAUAAAUAUUUCAAAUCCUCGAGUAGCUUGGGAGCAUGAACAGUUUUCAAGGCUGAGAGUUACUGCUGCCACCCUUUCAGAACUCCUGACGGCACCUGAACUGUUGGAAAGGACUGGAGGAUUGGUUGAUAGCAGACACUUUGUGAAUGAAACUGCAAUUGUCAGAAGCGUCAAAUUAGUUGCAGAGAGUCUUGCGAGGCAUAUCUAUGGCCACCAGGGAAAGAACAUCCAAAUCUUUGCAGAUGACAGUGUUUUGGCUGUCAAUCCUUCUUAUAUACGAUCAUGGUUGGAUCUUUUGUCACGGACGCCUAGAGUGGCACCUUUCCUCUCAAAGAAUGACCCAUUUAUCAUGGCAUUAAAAAAGGAAUUAGAAGAUCAUACUAAUGAGGUGAAUGUGCAACAUGAAGUGCUUGAUGGGAUGUUCACUUUCUAUGAUUCGACUAAAGCCAGACUUAACAUAUAUCAGGUAGCUAGUGUAACGUUCGACUUGCUGUUGCUUCUAGUGUUGGGAUCGUAUUUGAUAGUGCUAUUCAGUUUUCUUGUCAUCACUACUAGGGGUCUUGAUGACCUAAUCAGUUUAUUUCGACGACCUCCCUCUCGCAAGGUGAAAACGGCUUAGAUGAUGGGUGAAGACUGAAGGGAGUAUAAUUUAAGGACUUUCUUGGUUUGGCAGUGAAUUUUUCUCGUGUAGCUUAAAUUGAAAUCACAAUGGAGGAUUGGUUGGUGAUCCACUGUUAAUUACUCCUAAUGUUACGAGGGAAGAUCUUCAUGUUUUAUUUUUGCAAAAAAUGAGGACCAUCAUUGUACGAGAAAAAUUUUGUGAGAUUCAUUUUUUAUCCACGUGUUAUUGCCAACUU